AUGUCGUCCUUGGAGAACCUGGAGAGCAAGAGGAACACAACUAUGACGAAAAUGAAGGAGCCAUCGAUGUCGAUGCAAUCAAACCCAAAUCCGUGGCUUCCCGAUGAUUUGCUAUUGAGCUGCUUGGCACGUGUCUCUAGAUUGUACUAUCCGGCUCUGUUCCUUGUCUCCAAGCGCUUUCGAUCUCUCCUUGUUUCACCGGAGAUUUACAAGGCCCGGUCACUCUUGGGCCAUACCGAGACUUGUCUCUAUGUGUUCUUUGAGUUAAAUUCUUAUUCUCAAUGGUAUACCCUAUGCCUGAAACCUAAUCAAACCCUAACCGAUGACACCCGUGAGUAUGUUUUGGCUAAAGUCCCAAUUCCAAGGUCUCCUCAUGUGCGCUUUGGGGGUCUCGUGGCGGUUGGUUCUAAUAUCUACGGAAUUGAAGAGAGCCCCAUGUAUGCAAACAAGGAAGAGUGCUCCUCUGACGUGUGGAUUCUAGAUUGCCGGACUCACACGUGGUGCGAGGCUCCAAGCUUGCCGGUGAAGCUAGUGUCACUUUCUGCUAGCUUUCUUGAUGGAAAGAUAUAUGUAGCAGGAUGUAGAUACAAAGAAGACGGCGAUUAUAGUUCCUGGAAGAACGGAUUUGAGGUUUUCGACACAAAAACACAGAUUUGGGACCCUGAGACCAUUCCUUGCAGCGAGACACUAUUCAAUUUCCUUAACUCGAGAAGCAAUUGUAUUGACGGAAAGUUCCACGUGAUGAAGCCUGGCACACAGGGUGUUGCUUACAAUUCACAGGAACGUAGAUGGGACUUGAUUGCACCAGAGAUGGAACAUUAUACGUUUUGUUAUUCUGAGUGCGUGAUAGAUAAUGUUAUGUACUAUAUUGAUUGUUACCGACAUUUGAGAUGGUAUGACACUGAGGUAAGCACAUGGAGAUGUUUGACGGGUUUAAAAAGACUACCUAUGAUCCCUUCUGACGCUUGUAUGAGAUUGGCUGAUUAUGGCGGAAAGCUUGCGGUUUUGUGGGAAACGUAUCAUUAUGAUUUAAGGCAAGGUGGCGGCUAUAAGAAGAUUUGGUGUGCGGAGAUUGCGCUUGAAAGACGGCAAAAAGGACGUGAGAUUUGGGGAAAAGUUUAA